CAAGACGCAUCGCCAACCGUUUGAUCUAGUUGAUACAUGAUGAUCCUCCGUUUAUAUUCAUCAUCUCUUGCUCCUUUGUGUCCUUUUCUUUUGUUUACACAACCGCAGCCGCAGAAGACAACAGCUACAAUUCUGGAGGAAGUGGUUGGUUUCGAUGGAAAAACAGAAGGAGAAAGAGUUGAUCGAAUUGUACGAAACCGCGAGGAAAGCGGCGGAUGCAUCCAGCACCGCCGAUAGUCCGCACGAAGAAAGCCGAUGCAUUGAUGCGCUCGAGCAGCUCAAGAAAUUUCCCGUCAAUUAUAAAAUUCUCGUUAAUACCCAGGUGGGAAAGCAUCUUAAAGUUCUCACAAAGCACCCGAAGCAGAAAAUUCGGGCUUUUGCUGUUGACCUAAUUGAUAUAUGGAAAUGCAUAAUUAUCAAGGAAACAAGUAAAAACAAGAACGGAGACUCUGUUAAUAAGGCCGAGUCAGCAAGUGGGGAGAGAGCUAAAACUGAUAAAAUGCAAAGGAGUUCGUCCGUGAAGGUUGAAAAAGGAGAAACUGUCAAGGUGGAGAAAGUUGGGAAUGGUACAUCAAACCUAAGCUCCGGAAAUGGAAAGGUACAAGAUAUGGAUGUCAAAAUUGAGAAAACUGAUCGUACCUCAAGCGUCAAGGUUGAAAAGAUAGCCAAGGAGGAAAUACCAGUUUCUGGGGCAAAGAAAAUUUCAUCCAGCUCUGCCACUCCUCCGAAGCUAAAGAGUAUGAUCAAAUCUAAUGAUGCAAUGCGAGACAAAAUAAGGGAACUUCUCCAUGAUGCUUUAUCUAAAGUCUCUGAAGAGGCAGAUGAAGAUGUCAUGGAUGAAGUUAAUGCAUGUGACCCUAUUCGUGUUGCAGUGACAGUGGAAUCUGUAUUAUUUGAAAAGUGGGGUGCUUCAAAUGGAGCACAAAAGAUCAAGUAUAGGUCCUUAAUGUUUAAUCUCAAGGAUCAGAAGAACCCAGAUUUCCGGAGAAAAGUUUUACUCGGUAUUAUUGAACCACAACGUCUGCUCAACAUGAGCUCAACAGAAAUGGCUAGUGAGCAAAGGAAGCAGGAGAUUGAGAAAAUCAAGGAGAAGGCUUUGUUUGACUGUGAGCGUGGAGGUCAGCCCAAAGCUACAACUGAUCAGUUUAAGUGUGGUCGGUGUGGUCAAAGGAAAACCACCUAUUACCAAAUGCAGACUCGCAGUGCUGAUGAACCUAUGACAACUUAUGUCACUUGUGUUAACUGCAACAACCGUUGGAAGUUCUGUUAGUGCAGUGGUAGCCUGUGAGUCUCACAGGAGCUGUUAUCAGUUGUUACUGAUAUAGUGUAUGAACGUGUGUAGCACCAGAAUUUCCUGAUCAGACUGUUACAUUUAGGAAUUGUUUAGGCAUGAAUGUACUUUCUACUAUUUUUUAACUGAGUUUUAGCAUUUCUGUAGUUGUUAUUUUUACAAUAACAAUUUAUUUAUCUGUUAUAAAAUUGCACCAAUGUCAUCCCAGGUUUUACUGGUCAGCUAGACUAGGUUCUAUAGUCAUUAUACAGAAUUGUAAUUUUUGUGUUGGCUCUUGUUCUCUUGGUGCAAAUCCAGUCAUCCGGUUCUAA